AAAUCGCCUCGAACCGUAAAAUAUUUAGUAUUUUUGUGCUUGUAUGACUGUUAAUGCAAUAUAUUUUGGCGCGCCAGAAACGGUCACUCUGCGACGCUUCCAUGUGUAUUAAAAGGAGGCUUGUGUAAAAUAUAAAUAAAAAUAUUGAGUGACAAUAUGACAAAAGGCAACUCAAAAAAGCUGCUAGCCCAGCGGCACAUCUCCUCGCGAAUGAACUUCCUUUUCCAAGCGUCGAAUUUAAUGGCCGAGGGCCAUCAAAGCAAACUUGCUGCCUACUACGGAAAACUUUGUCGUAAUGUGGGCACCAAAGCCGUGAUGCACAUAGCUCCUGCCCUAAAGCGGUCCCUGUGCAGACGCUGUUCGCAUCCUCUUAUUCCCGGUGUGAAUACUGAGCUCCAGGUGGACAGAAAACGGAAGGAAGUUACACUUCCAGAGGCUCCUACAAGCGACGAAGUAAAAACCAAAAAGAAGCGUCAUCGCAGACACCGCAAGAAGCCCAAAAAGAGAGAAGAAAAGCAGAUUGCAGAGGAAGCGUUAAAGUCCCAGCCAGAAAUCGCAGAAAAAGUGUCUGUGUUUUUGGAGUGCUCACUUUGUAGGAACCGACGAAGCUUUAUGGCGGACACUCAAAACAGAGAGUGUUGGCUGGAGCAGACGCAAUCCGUGGUGCAAGUGGUGUCUCUCCCUAGAGAAAGCGGUCAGCGAUAA